GAGGAGUCCGGCCUCUGAAAGUUAUGGUUCCGUACAGACUGGAAAACGGGACAAGGAUUUUCGCGACUCCGUUUUCACUCCGUGUGUCACCAGGAGGUGGCGCUGGGGUCAUGGUUUUCCCCUGUGUCACAUGGUCUCCGUGCUUCUCCAGGUUUGGACCAAGAACUUGAGGCUGAGAGGAGGGAGCUGCUGGACAGCAGCGGUGUCAGUGAGGAGUAGCGGAGGGAGGCGCGAGUCCACAGCCGAGCAUCGUGCAUCGGAGAGGCAGCGCGCGCGAGAGAGAGACGGGCGUCUCGCCACUCCAGCGCUUCAGCGUGUGAUGUGCGAGUGUGUCAGUGACCUCAGGAGUCCUCAGCGCAGGGCCUUCAUCCUGGAGCCACUGGAGUCCAGCCGGGGACGGGGAGGGAGAGGUGCUGACCUGGACCCCCACAGCUCCCAGGUCAUCCCCGAGAGUCCAGAGCUGUGGCAGAGCGAGAGCCUGCUGGCAGAGUCCUGGUCCACCGUGGGGGACCCUGAAGAUGCCAAGAGCCUGGAAGCUGGUGACCUGCCGGGCCUGUCCACGCACGGGAACGACAUGGUCCACGUGGAGAUGCUGGAGGUCGGAGCGAGGGCGGAGGAGGAGCAGGAGCAGAUGCAGAGCAGUGUGCUGAGUGUGUUGGGAACUGAGAAGGACCUGCAGGCCAUCAGGCAGGAGGAGCAUCUGGAGGCUCAGAGGGAGAAGCAGCGUGAGGAGUUCAGGCAAGUGCUUCCUCCAAUGGCCCUGCCUCCUCUACCCGUGGUCCUGCUGGACCCGCCGUCCACCACCUCCACCCCGGACCCUUCGACAUCCUCCGAGGUGGAGGACCUUCACCCCCCGUCUGGCCUGCAGCCCCCGUCCAUCCUCUCAGCAAAAGCCCAGGUUGAAACUGUGCCGGAGCCCAGGUUCUCCCAGGCCCCGUCCCAGCCCAGGAGCGAGCUGCCGGCGCUGCUGUGUGGCGGGGCGCUGCUGGUGGCUGUGGUGGGCGUGGUCACGGCCGCAGCCCUGGCCUACUGCAGGAAGUAGGUGCCACGGCCGCAGCCAUUGGCCUUCUACCUCAGUCCAGUCCAGCUCGUGGCCUUUUAUGUGGGUGGGACGUCAAUAAAUCCAGAAAUCGUUUCCCAGGAUUCGUUUCUUCUUUUACUGCCGUAAAUCUCUCUCCAGACCGACAUCGCACCACAAACACAUGACCAGCCUCCCAUCGGAAGCGAGUCGCUAACACUGACUCAUCGGGACCUUAAGGCCACUGAGACCGACCUCAUGACAUGGACCUUCAUCAUGGCUCCACCACCGUCCUCCUCUGAAAGAGUCCAGACCGACCUGGUGAACCCAGCGGAGCUGACUCUCCCGAGGUGGAGAACUGGACCCUGCUGUUUCCAGUGUUGGAACCAGCCCGUUCAGCUCAGUCCAGGAAGCUGCUGACCAGGACUGGACGGUCACUGCACGGGGUCCACCCAGUCUCUGUCCACGCUACUGUGUGGAAAUGGACUGAAGCAGGGAAGGAUGUCAUCAACAAGUGACAUGUCUUCACCCACAGGGUUCAUCUGUUUGUGAUAGAAAUGUUUCCAGUCGCUUUUAAAACCUUGAGUUGAAGUGGCUCUGCGCCAUGAUGUCAUCAACAAGCGACAUGUCUUCACCCACAGUGUUUAUCUGUGGAUGGAAAACCUUCAGUUGAAGUGGAUGUCACUGCCCUAUUUGCUUCUUCAUCCCGUUUUGCUUCCAGGGCUCAAUUUUAUGACGUCAUUUCCUGGCCGCAUGCGCACAUUGGAAUUUCAAGACGUUAUUUCCUGUCCACAUGCGCACAUGGGUGUAGCUGCUUGACACAUAAAUUAGAAUAAAAUUAGCAACGUCAUUACGCCACGCCUCACUACACACUGGUAUUUCAUCAAGAGAAGCAGAAUUUGAAUUACUAAAGUACUACGCCGACGCAUUAACUGUAUUUAAACCGUAUUUUAUAUAUAUCACUACAUUUGACUUGUAUUCAACAAUUCGGAUAUUUUAACAAGAUUUUGUUUUGUUUGAUGAAUCGUCCAAAGGAAACUUUUGUGAUGGUUACCCUGUUUAUUUGUUCAUCUUAUAGCCUGUUAGGCCUUCUUCUUGUUUAUUUCUUUUUCUCUAUCGACACCUAGUGGUCAUUUUACAAACAUCACUGAUUGUCACAGAUUUCAGAUGAAAUAAUUGGAUCUUUCUGUGCAAUUUGCACGCCGUUUUCUAUCUUGCCUACAAUGUUUUGUAUAUAAAAUAAGUUUAGUCAUUUAUAAAUAAUGUUGGUGUGUUUUCAUGUUUUGUUAAUAAAAUGUAAU